UCAGGCUGAGGCAAUAUUUGUGAAAGAUCUGAAUCCUAAAAAUGCCCAAACUGCUGUUGAAUGGCAUCACUGUUGACUUUCCCUUCAGUCCUUACAAGUGUCAGGAAGACUACAUGUCCAAAGUAAUUGAAUGUCUUCAAAGGACCAAAGAUGUGCAUCUUGGGGUCCAGAGAGCAACUUUGUGUAAAUACUGAAGUGAUGAAACAAGAAAACAGUUUCAUGAAGAUUCACUUGUGCAGAACCAAAGUGACAUCCCGUGCCUGUCCAUUUUAUAAUAAUGUUGAAGAGAAAAGUACAGAAAAAACCCUAACAGACUGUAUCUUGGAUAUUGAGGAUCUUGUGAAAAAUGGAAUCAAACAAAGGGCAUGCCCUUACUUCCUGUCUCGGGCCUUGAAGCAGCAGGCUGAUAUCAUAUUCAUGCCUUACAACUAUUUGCUAGAUCCAAAGAGUCGGCGAGCACACAGCCUAGAUCUGAAGGGUGCUGUAGUGAUAUUUGAUGAAGCUCACAAUGUGGAGAAGAUGUGUGAGGAGUCUUCUUCAUUUGAUUUAACACCAUAUGACUUGGCCACUGGAAUUGAUGCAGUUAACAUGGUGCUUGAAGAAAGGGCAAAGACCAUCCAGGAGACUGUCGGCUCAGAGUUCGUACUGGAGGGUACCAGUUCAGUUGGAUUGAAUUUGGAGCUAAGUGACCUCGCAAAAAUUAAACAAAUUCUUUUAGACUUGGAAUGUGCAAUUGACACUGUUGAGGUGCCAUCAAAUGGUUACGGAACUACAAAACCAGGAAGUUUCAUCUUUGACUUGUUUGCACAAGCAAAAAUAACAUUCCAGACUAAAAGUUCAAUUUUAGAAGCACUCGAGCUUAUCACCCAGUUUUUAGCAGACCGUACUGGAGUAUUUACCAGUAUAUCUGGUCUGCAGAAGCUUAUGGAUAUCAUCCAGAUUGUUUUCAAUGUUGACCCAGAAGAGUGUUUGUCUUCAUCUGCAGUUGGAAAGAACAUUUCAAAGUAUUACAAGGUUCAUAUUCAUCUUGACCACAGCAGUCAAAAGAAGAAAUCGCGGUCUGACUUAUGGACCACAUCAAUCACCAAAAAACAAGGAAAGAUUCUGAGUUACUGGUGCUUUAGUCCGGGGUUCAGCAUGCAUGAGAUUAUUCGGCAAGGUGUGCGUUGUGUCAUCCUCACUAGUGGAACACUUAGCCCCCUGUCCUCCUUCACAUCAGAAAUGCAGAUGUUCACCACAGACUACAUGUCAUCACUGGGAAAAACAUUAAUUAACAUUGGUCGUGUUGUUCCACAUGGUCUGCUGGUGUUUUUCCCAUCAUACCCUGUUAUGGAAAAAACUUUGGAACACUGGAAAGAUACUUCCCUUUCCAAACGAAUAGAAGAAGUAAAGUCAAUAUUUGUUGAAACAAAAGGGAAAGGAUCUUUCACUGAGAUGAUUGAUGGGUACUAUGAGAAAAUUGCUGAUCCUGAGUCAAAUGGAGCUGCAUUUUUGGCUGUGUGUAGGGGUAAGGCCAGUGAAGGUCUGGAUUUUGCUGACAUGAAUGGGCGUGGUGUCAUCAUUACAGGAUUGCCCUUUCCACCUAGAAUGGACCCUAAAGUUGUCUUGAAGAUGCAGUAUCUGGAUGAAUUGAGAGGCAAAACUUGGGGAGGAAUGCAGUACCUUUCAGGCCAGGAGUGGUACCGACAGCAAGCAUUACGGGCUGUAAACCAGGCCAUUGGCAGAGUAAUACGCCAUCAGAAUGAUUACGGUGCUAUCUUCCUCUGUGACCACAGAUUUACAAACACAGAUGCAAUAGCUCAUCUUUCUCUGUGGAUUCGACCUUUUAUAAAGAUUUAUGAUAACUUUGGCCAUGCAAUCCGAGAUGUAUCUCAGUUCUUUCGAACAGUUCAGAAAGUGAUGCCUCUUCCAAAAGUUAAAGCUGUUGCUGGCAGUGAUUCUAUGAAUACUUCUCAUGGUGUUUCCAGUCUAUCUUCUGUGCCCUUAUGUAAAAGUGUAGGGCUAAAGGAAGCUCGGACAGUCAUCUCACAUGUUAAAAGUCUUAAAAGGAAAAGCAGUGACAUAGGUGAUUUAUGCUGUAAUCGAGAUGGCCUAAAUGCACUUUGGGGGGAAUAUGCAUUAAACAGAGCAUUGUUGAAGAGAAAACCAGCAAGUCUUUUAGAUGCACUGGAACAUACAGAGAGAAGAAUGGGACAAGAAGGUGCAGAGGCAGUACAUGGGGAAGAAAAGGCCAUGAGGGUGUCCACUUUAUCUCUACAGCAUGACAAAAGAUUGGCUGAUGAGCAAAAAGGUGGAAAGAAGAAAAUCAAACUUGUUCAAAACCAUGAUGAAGAGUUUCCUAUGCCUGUUGAACACACAAAAGUGGGAAAGGCAACGUUUUUCAUGGCAGCAGUGCAAAAGGCCUUGAGUCAGGCAAACUACGAAUGCUUCACUAAAAUAAUGCAUAAGUACAAGAACACAGAUGAUUUUGACUCUAUGCUUUCUGAAAUGGCAUCUCUCUUCAUUGAAGACCCUAAGAAGCAUAUUUUACUCCGUGAAUUUUAUCAGUUUAUUCGUCCUCAUCACAAGAAGCAAUAUGAUGAAGCAUGCUGCAGUCUAACUGGAAAAGGAUGUGGCUACAGACCUGAGCAUAGUUUAUCAAAGGAAGAGAGAGAGACAUUAACCCAGCAGCAGCAGCAGAAGGGCACCGGUAAUAUAACUGAUACAGCAGAUACCAAGUUUGUCUCCGCAGAGAAUUCUGUGAAGCAGCUCAAUACGUCAGUACAUCUCAACAAAGGUCUAGCCCAUCUUGACCAGAGUGUACAAUGCAGAGCUGAGAAGAGCAAACCAGCAAAUCCUGUCACUAAAAGCAAGCCUGAAGUGGAAUCAUGCAGCACACAGGGAGGGAAGAACAACUCAAAGGCAGUGCUGGCAGCAUAUCUAUCUGAUGUGAAGAAGGCUUUAGAACCAAAUGACUACAGUCGCUUUUCUGCAGCACUACAGGCGUACAAAAAAGCUGAUAAUUAUAAUGUCAUGGUAGCAGAGGUGGUAUCCCUUUUUACUGAAAACGCCAAAGAUAUUAAUUUAUUAAGGAAGUUUUGCAUGUUUGUGCGACCACACCAUCAACCAGAGUUUCUUCAAGUUUGUAAGGAACUAACUGAAAUGAAUAGCACGUCAUCUGUGGAUGGGAAUACCUCUGUGAGAGAAGAGGAUGUACAGCCUGAGAGUUCAACCAUUAGAACUGAGCAAGAGAGCAUAGAUUAUGACAAAGCUGGUUACCAAUGUGUUAGUUGCAGAAACCAGAGUACUGUUCCUUUUAAAUGCCAGACAUGUGAUUUCACCUGUUGCAAAGCUUGCUGGGAAAAUUGUUUAAAGGAAGUUAGCAAGUGCCCAAAGUGCCAAGCUGCCACCAAGAAAAGGCAUCUUUUUCAGGUGUUCUUCACAGGAAGGAAUCAAAACAUUGUGUAACACACAUUGUGCAAUGCUGGACACAGAAGCACGGUCAAUGAAACAGGAUUCCUGUAUGUUGUCAGUCUUGACAUUUGACAAUUUAAACCAUGACGUCUGGUAUCUUCAUUGUUGUUAUGGAGUCAGAGUAUUUUAACACACAGUCAAAUAUUUAUCUUGAGCCCCAUGUUUAUCCUAUGGAUGCUGUAAAACAGUGUGUGUUUUUUUCAAAUAGAUGCAUUCAAAUGGGAGGGAUUAAAGAAAAUGGCUAAGCUAUAGAUGAAUUACAAUAUAACUGGAGAAAAAGUACCUUAUUUAUCUUCACACAUUCAUACUGGUAGAUUUGUAGCUUUCCUUCAUUUCUUGUAUAGCCAAUUCUUUGUGCUUUACAUAUUUUAUAUAUAACAGUAAAUAGUACUAGGACAUAAUGAUCCGUUAAAAUUGUGUAUGAAAAUAAAAUUUGUAAACUCUU